AUGCCGCGUGAGGGAGACAAGCUCCUUGCCAUUUGCAUCGUCUACGUUGACGAUGUUCUUCUUUCCUGCCGUGAGGACUACAAGAAGGAAGAGUUCUAUGACCUUUUCAAAUUGGGCAGUGAGAAAGAGCUCACGCUCACCGAACCUCUUGAGUUCAAGGGCAAGGAGAUCAGUUUGAUCGAGCAAGACGGCAAGUUCAACCUGAAAGUGACACAAAAACGCUUCAUCAAGAACACCGAGCCUGGCAAGACUCGACCUGAAGUUGGAGCAUGGGUUUCAUUGGCCAACAAGGGCAAGGACACGAACCCAGCUGAUCUUGCCCAGCUUUACCAGACGCUGGACUAUAUCCGGGAGAAUCCCGACGCUGGCCUCCUCUUCCAGGACGUUGCUGUGAAUAAGGCGACAACGAUCAUUGGCUAUGCGGACAGUUCCUGGGCAAAUGCCGCGAAGUGUGCAUCGCAGCAGGGGUCCAUCGUGAUGAUGACCACACCACACUGCACCCAGGUCCCAACCAAGGCCAACGUGAUCGACUGGCGCAGCAACAGAUCCGCUCGAAUCUGCCGUUCGACACUUGCGGCAGAAGCAAUCGCCUGCGAUGACUGCGUGGAUCGAGCCUACUUUGUCAAUGAAGAUUUGACAGAAAUCCUCACUGGCGUUCCUCCACAUAAGGAUUCUGAGAAGUGGAAGCUCCAGCAGCUGCAGGUGACUGACUGCCGUAGCUUGUUUGAUGCUGUGUCGGCAGAGAACCCACGUACCACCGAAAAACGGACGUAUGUGGAUAUUCGCAGCAUCCAAGAAUUCAUUGGUGUCGAAACCAUUUUUUGGACACCUACGCAUUUGAUGUUUGCAGAUGGCCUCACUAAAGCCACUGAGGCGCUCAGGGAAGCUUUUGCCAAGUGGUUGCAACGGCCAUAUGUUCAACUCAAAGAAACAUCCAUGAAAGAAAGUAUAACCGGUGACAAUUACCAGCACUUGAAGAUCACAUGA